AUGGCAAAUCGAGCUUCAACUUCUGGGACCAUGGCUACUAAUUACGAUGUCUUUCUGAGUUUCAGGGGUGAAGACACACUGCAUGGAUUCACAGGUCAUCUCUAUGAUGCUCUCUGCCGCAACGGAAUCAACACCUUCAUCGAUGAUGAGAAUCUCAGAACAGGGGAAACAAUUCGACCUCAAAUCCUUCAAUCCAUUGAAGCCUCAAAGAUCUCCAUUAUUGUUUUCUCAACAAACUAUGCAUCUUCAACAUGGUGCCUUGAUGAACUCGUCAAGAUCCUGCAAUGUCACAGGGAAAGGAACCAACUUGUGUUUCCGAUCUUCUACAAAGUAGAACCCUCAGAUGUACGGCAUCAGAGGAACACUUACAAGGAAGCCAUGGAUGCUCAUGAAAUCAGGUUCGGUUGUCAUUCUCAGAAGGUGAAAGAAUGGAAGGAAGCUUUGGCUGAAACAUCCAACAUGAAAGGAUUUCAUUUGAAAGAAGGGUAA